CUUAGAAUAACACUAUAGCUAAAAAUACAUUUACCUUUUUUGUAAUAAAUCUGUCACAUAGUCUUUUCCAGAUUUUCUUUUACCGCUGAAAACCAAAACAACAAGAGGUUGUGACGACAUGUUGGCAAGUGCUUCUGGGAAGAAUUCGAAAGGACACCAGGAAUUGAGAAUCAGACCAGUGCAUUUUGAUUUAAUAAUAUAUCAUCCCGAUACUUUUAGUAAAUGAAGCAUAUCAUAUACUGACUGUUGUGUUAUUAUUGGUCGAUCAUUAUGAUAUCUGCACGUGUUCAAUUUAUGGGUCAUUUUGUAAUAAAUGUCCUUACGGUUCUCAAACAUGUGUCUCUUGAAAUCAUAAUCAAGAGCAUGUGGAUGGUGAAAUUUGUAGAAAUUCAGCUUAUUUUUUCAUAUUUCAAACAGAAUGGAUCAAGAAGGUAAAAUAUGAGGAAAGAAAUGGAAAUCAAGAUGCAUUAACAUACUAAACUGUGAAUGAAUGAGGUCCAUUCAAGUUAUCCAUAGGUUUUGUCAGCAUCAGUGUAAAGUUAACUCGUAUAAUCUAAUCAGACAGAGUUGUUUUAAUCCUAAACAUUUACUUAUACAACUGUUUUCACCGUUAUUUAUUGAAUUAAGAAAAAAAAUGGAAACUGAAGCUGUUGAAGAUCAGAAUUUGAAAAGUAUCAAAGAGGGAAAAGCAGAUGCACUCCAUCCAAAAUCUGUAUUUUAUAACCCUGUUCAGGAAUUUAACCGUGACCUGACUAUAGCCGUGAUAACUGAACUUGCUAAAGAUAAGCUGAAGGAAUCUGAGCAAGAAAUAGUUAAAACCGAAACGGAUAAAAACAAAGAUGGCUGUGAGCCAGAUAUGUCAACAACAGACAGUAAUGGAGAUGUUCAAAUGGACGACGACGACGCAAAACCAGUGCCAGGUGUAAAAUAUGAAAAUGGUAUUAGAAUUCUGGAGGGUUUGGCAGCCAGUGGUUUAAGAUCCAUGAGAUUUGGACUUGAAUUAGCAGGUGUCAAGGAAAUCAUAACAAAUGACUUUGAUAAAACUGCAGUAGAAAUCAUUGAAAAGAACAUAGAACGAAAUAAUCUUCAGGACUUUGUCAAAGCCAGCUAUGGUGAUGCAUCGAUGAUAAUGUAUCAGAAUAAAGGUCAAACAGAUAGAUUUGAUGUUAUUGAUGUAGAUCCUUAUGGUAGUCCAUCACAAUUUUUAGAUUCAGCGGUCCAGGCUGUCAAAGAUGGUGGUAUACUAUGCGUUACUUGUACCGAUAUGGCUGUUCUCUGUGGUAACUCAGGAGAAACAUGCAAUUCUAAAUAUGGUGCUAUGUCUAUCAAAACAAAAUACUGUCAUGAAAUGGCUUUGAGGAUUUUAUUGCAGUGUAUUGAAUCCCAUGCAAAUCGCUAUUCUCGUUAUAUAGAACCAGUUAUCUCCCUUAGUGUUGAUUUUUAUAUUCGUGUAUUUGUUAAGCUUCACACCGGACAGAAAAAAGUGAAAGAAUCUAUAACAAAAUUAUCAAUGAUUUAUCACUGUGUAGGAUGUGGCGCUUUCACACUACAGAAAUUAGGAUUGAAAGUGCCAACCAAGGGAGACAAUUAUAGAUUUACCCCAGCAUAUGGUCCGCCUGUUCAACCAAACUGCGAACAUUGUGGUUCUAGGCAUAUGGUAGGAGGACCAAUAUGGUCAGAUCCUAUACAUAAUACAAAGUUUAUUCAACAAGUUAUAGACAAUGUAUCUAAAAACAUGACAUAUUUAAAAACAUCCGGACGUAUUAUUGGUAUGUUGACCGUUGCCAAGGAAGAAUUACAAGAUGUACCAUUGUUUUAUGUUCUAGAUGACUUGUGUAAUGUUGUUCAUUGUGCUCCACCAAGUAUGAAAAUGUUCAGGUCAACAUUUUUAAAUGCUGGUUAUCGAGUUUCACUUUCCCAUGCAGCGAAAAAUUCUUAUAAAACUGAUGCUCCUAUCGGGUUUAUUUGGGAUGUUAUGAGAACAUGGGUUAAAGAUCAUCCAGUUAAAUCAAACAGAUUAACACCUGGUUCUGUUGCUAAGAUAAUUCUAGAUAAGCCAACAACACAUGAUGUUUCAUUUACAUUGCAUCCUGAUGCUAAUCCAGAGUCUCGAGAUCAGGGACUUAUAAGAUGGCAGCCAAACCCUGAACCAGAAUGGGGACCAAAACCUAGACCAAAAAAGUCCGGUGAUGAUGAAACCGAUAAACGGGAAAAAUUUCAAGGAAAGCGAAAACAGAAACAGAGUUCUAUAGACCACAAACAGUAUCCAUGUAAACGUUAUAAAGCUGGUGAAUGUGAAUAUGGUGAUGAGUGUAUUUAUAAUCAUAACAUUGAAAAGUUCCAAAAAUAACACCAUCACUAUAAUAGAUUUUAAUUUAA